GGAUGUCUAGUGGUCCUAAUAGCGUUUUGGGGCGAUGCAGAACUCCUCCGUCGUCGCUAGGUGGCGACAUUGUUCCGUGCGCGUGAACGACCUGACCGGAAAGCGAGCCGGCGCAGCGGACCUCCGAGCGGAGGCAGGCGAGAGCAAAGAUGGCAGCCGCGGCAGUGGCUGAGUUUCAGAGAGCACAGUCGCUUCUUGGAACAGACCGGAACGCCUCCAUCGAUAUCUUACAUUCCAUUGUUAAGCGGGACAUCCAGGAGAACGAUGAGGAGGCUGUGCGCGUUAAAGAGCAGAGCAUCCUGGAGCUGGGGGGCCUGCUGGCCAAGACGGGACAGGCUGCAGAGCUUGGGGGUCUGCUGAAAUAUGUGCGCCCCUUCCUCAACUCCAUCUCCAAGGCCAAGGCCGCCCGGCUGGUCCGCUCCCUGCUGGACCUGUUCCUGGACAUGGAGGCUGCCACUGGCCAGGAGGUGGAGCUCUGCCUGGAGUGCAUAGAGUGGGCCAAGGUGGAGAAGAGGACCUUCCUCCGACAGGCGCUGGAGGCUCGUCUCAUCUCGCUGUACUUCGACACAAAAUGCUACCAGGAGGCUCUACAACUCGGGACGCAGCUGCUGCAGGAGCUGAAGAAGAUGGACGACAAGGCGCUGCUGGUGGAGGUGCAGCUGCUGGAGAGCAAGACGUACCACGGACUGAGCAACCUGCCCAAGGCCCGCGCCGCCCUCACCUCCGCCCGGACCACCGCCAACGCCAUCUACUGCCCCCCCAAGCUGCAGGCGGCUUUAGACAUGCAGUCAGGAAUCAUUCACGCAGCGGAGGACAAGGACUGGAAGACGGCCUUCUCCUACUUCUACGAGGCCUUCGAGGGCUACGACUCCAUCGACAGCCCCCGAGCCGUCACCGCCCUCAAGUACAUGCUGCUCUGCAAAAUCAUGCUCAACUUGCCGGAGGACGUCCAGUCUCUCAUCAGUGGGAAGCUCGCACUGCGCUACGCCGGCAGACAGACAGACUCGCUGAAAUGUGUGGCGCAAGCCAGCAAGAACCGGUCGCUGGCAGACUUUGAAAAGGCACUAACGGAGUACAAAGCAGAGCUGAGGGACGACCCCAUCAUCAGCACCCAUCUGACCACGCUGUACGACACCCUGCUGGAGCAGAACCUCAUCAGGGUCAUUGAGCCUUUCUCCAGGGUCCAGAUGGCCCACAUUUCGUCCCUCGUCAAACUAUCCAAGGGAGACGUGGAGAGGAAACUAUCGCAGAUGAUCCUGGAUGAGAAGUUUCACGGCAUUUUGGACCAAGGCGAAGGCGUGCUGAUCGUCUUCGACCAGCCGGCGGUGGACAAGACGUACGAGGCGGCCCUGGAGACCAUCCAGAACAUGAGCAAAGUGGUGGACUCGCUCUACAACAAAGCCAAGAAGCUGACAUAAGAGAAAGUGAAACUGUGGAUCUCGCCCCCCCAGCCCCCCUCCAGUCAGGACCUCUGCUCACUCACUCACGUCGGCCCGGGAGGACGAGGAGGGUACGAACACUUCAAACGACACAGCGAGGAAAUGAAACCAGACGACCCCCCCCAUCCCGGCCUCUCUUACCCCCCCCCGCCCCAUCCCGGCCUCUCAUACCCCUCCCGCCCAAUCCCGGCCUCUC